UUAUCAGCUGCUAUGUGUGUUUUACGGUCCUAAUCUACCUCUGAAUUAAGCAAUCAAAACGUUCUGCUUGAUAUUUGGUCUUGUCUUGUAUGAUCUAUGCUUGUGCUGCCACUGCUAUCUGUAUACGUGCAACUUCUGGUCUGACUGUUGUGAAUGCUUUGCAUUUAUUGACCACUCCAACUAAAUCUGUUCUGACGCGAGUUUCAUUCAACAUAUCGACCACUAGAAUGACGACAGCAGCAGCUAGGUACCCUCUAGAGCCUAGAGGCAAACUAUACACUGAGAGUUAUCGACUCUUUUUCAAAAAUGAACACGGCCAACCCAUUUCGCCCUUCCACGACAUUCCUCUCAGAGCAUCCGAGGAGGAAAAUGAUGUUUUCAAUAUGGUCGUCGAGGUGCCCAGGUGGACAAAUGCUAAGAUGGAAAUCAGCAAAUCUGAGCUUCUUAACCCAAUUGUGCAAGACGUGAAGAAAGGAAAGAUGAGGUUUGUGUCCAAUGUCUUCCCACACAAGGGUUAUAUCUGGAAUUACGGGGCGUUUCCCCAGACAUGGGAAGAUCCUAAAAUCGAGCACCCCGGAACAUGUGCGAAAGGUGACGACGACCCACUGGACGUGUGUGACAUCAGCUCCUUGGUUGUUCCGCAGGGAUCCGUCAUUCAAGUGAAAGCCCUAGGAAUUCUGGCGAUGAUUGACGAGGGAGAGACGGACUGGAAAGUGAUUGCGAUCAAUACGCAGGAUCCUCUCGCACAACACAUGAAAGAUAUUGCGGACGUUGAAAAGUUCAAGCCUGGUCUUCUUCACGCAACUCUAGAGUGGUUCAAGUACUACAAAGUUCCCGACGGAAAACCUACAAACGCUUUUGGCUUCAAGAACAAGUUCAGGAACCAGCAAUUCGCUCUUGAAAUUAUCCACGAAACACACGACUACUGGAAAAGGCUACUGGGCCUGGACGGAGCCGAACCCCAGUCGGAUGAAGACUGUGGUAUUAAACGUGCCUCGACGUGCAUGGCCGAAUCUAGAUAUAAUAUUGGAGUCGAGGAGGCGCAAAAUUUUGUAGACAGCUGCGCUGAAUUCGAUAGAGAGGAAGCUCCGAUCGAAGACUCGAAAGCGACUGAGUUCUUUUUCAUUAACGCCGCUUCCGUUCUUACCACGAGUGAAGUGACGGCGGAGAGCGGUCAAGGGGAUGCACCCGUAGAAAAUGGAAAUGAUGGGCAAUCGGAAGAACCUAGUGCUGAAAAUGGAGCAAUUGAGGAGCAAAAUGGACCAGAGGCGAAUUCCACUGAUCACGCUGCAGGUGACGCAGCCGGCGAAGACCAGUCGAUUCCGACCAAAACUGUGGAGGAGUCACCGGCACCUGAGGAAAACGCGGAGACAAAUGAGAACUAAAACUGAAAACUGUUUGAAAAUAAAGCUGCUAAUUUGUGGGCGCUGAAUGUUUUAAGUGUCGAUAAUUAUUUAAAUCACUAACGAAUGUAUGAGCUAAAUAAAGUAUGCUGAGUUAAUGAAAACAUUGUUUCCGUUCACGAAUCCUGGUCACGCUGUAAAGAAAAUCCUUGCGUUACAUUGGCUUAUGUUGAAUUCGUCGUUUGAUUUGUUAAUUCGGAUUGAUUUGAAACUAAGUUAAAAUUUAUUAUUUGAUUUCGUA